AUGUCGAGAUCACUGCAAGAUCAGUUCAUCGACGAUGACGAGGAGGAGGUGUGUCCGCUCUGUGUCGAGGAGCUGGACUUGCAAGACAGGAGUUUCCGUCCCUGUCCUUGUGGAUACCAGAUUUGUCAAUUCUGCUAUCAUAAUGUCAAGACAAACCUCAAUGGACUCUGUCCAGCAUGCCGGCGGCCCUACAAUGACACCGAUGUCGAAUACAAGAACAUCACCGCUGAGGAGACCGCGGCACACAAAGCGCGACAAGCCCAGAAGCAGAAGAAGAGUUUACAGCAACUCCAGAAAGAAAAGCAAAAGGCUGAAGCCGACAACCUGAGUCGCAAACAUCUGGCUGGAAUGCGCGUCGUACAGAAGAACCUGGUCUACGUCACCGGGUUGAGCCCGACCUCGCAAGAAGACCAGCUGUUACAGACGCUUCGCGGGGACCAGUACUUUGGACAAUACGGCAAGAUCAUCAAAAUCGUCGUCAGCAAGGCCAAGGAUCCAUCAAAUCCUCAAUCUGUUGGCGUUUAUGUGACCUACGAGCGGAAAGAGGAUGCUGCCAGUUGUAUUGCAGCUGUUGAUGGGUCUAAGAACGGCGACCGGACACUGCGGGCACAGUUUGGCACCACCAAGUAUUGCUCUGCAUACCUGCGAGGAGAGAACUGCACGAACCGCAAUUGCAUGUUCUUGCACGAGCCUGGCGAAGCGAACGAGAGCUACUCCCGUGCCGACCUUUCUGCCCUCAACGCUGGCUCCUCCCACGGUAAUCGCAUGCCUCCACCCCAAUCGCAGCAACCCGUAUCUGCAGCUCAACCCAUGACACGACAAAGCAGUAGCGAUCAGCCGUCCAGUCCAGCUCCAGACCGGCCCGCCUUGCCUUCAACCGCGAGUUGGGCAUCGAAAGUACCGCAGGCCAGUCGCGCCGAGAGCCAAUCCACCAGCGCGACUCUGGAGAGCCCAGCACCUGUUGCUGCCACACCUGCACCGAUCGCGCAACCGGAGCCAGUCCAGGAACAAGAACCAGAGCCUGUCGCACUCGAACCUCAGGAGCCACCAUCGUCAGAGCUAGUUGCGGAACCGUUGCCUAAGCCGCAAUCGAAGUCUGUGAUUGCGCCUUUGGUCUCACUAGUUAAGAACUUCAACGUGGACGAUUUCAAGCUGGACUGGGCUGCAAUCUCGCUCUCGCAAGACGAUUUGGAUGUCAUCAACAGCUACCCACCACUAUUCGAUAACAACGGUGGCGCGAGACGACGCAUGCGGCGGCAGCGCGAAGAGGAACAGCGUCGCCUGGAGCAAGAAGUACAAGCAUUUCAACAGCCACCCGCUGUCGACCCAGACGACAAUGCUGAGAUGAGCGGCAGCUUGCAACUUGGAGGCGAACCCGAGGAACCACAGUCAGUCAAUCAGGUUCGCAGUGCCAUACAACCUCCAGGACAAGACGGUACUCUCGAUCAACACUUCCAGUUCGGCGGUGGUGUGUCGAAUCCUGCUAUUGGCGACCGCGGACUCACUCCACAGCAACACCAGCAGAUGCUGCUACAGACGUUCAAACCCAGUACGCCAGGUGCGUACCAGAGUGGCGCCAACGGUCAGAGCUCCAACUUUCCGUCUUCCUUCCAGCAGCCAUCGAAUCAGCCGCUUGGACACCAACGUAACGUCUCACGAUACUCCUUUGCGAACGACUCUUCAGCGUCUGCCGCCGUCAAGCCAGUGGCAAAUCCCAAGUUGAUGAAUCAGCAAUCAUCCAUGAUGCCCCCAGCUGCUGGCAACCACUUUGGUGCUCAACAUCAACAACCGCACGGCCAGUUUUACACCAGCAAUGUGCAAGGCCCACCGCCGGGCCUCAAGACUACUGGUACUCCUCCAGUCAGCGGCAACCUCACCUUCGGUCAAGGACACGGUUUCGCCACCGGCGGCUUACAGUACGGCGCUGGCACGUCGCGCAACCAGCAGGACAACUACUACCGGGAGUUACUGCGCGGUCGCGAUGCGAGCGCCGGUGGCGUGGAUGCUAAGCGUGAGUUACACUCCUUCCCCAACUACAAGAACACCCACCCAAAUGCAGCGUAUCAGUCCAGCCAGUCGAAUGCCUUCCCCGGCCCACCCUAUGCAUCGCUGAGUGCCUUUGGCGACGGCGAGAAGCAACGCAAGAAGAAGGGAAAGAAGCACAGGCACGCUAACACUUCCUCCUCCUCAGGGGGUGGUGUAGUCGAUGUUUCGGCCGACGCCAAUCCCAACCAUCUUCUCCAAGCGCGCUUGCAUCAGGGUGCGGCCGGCCUCGGCGGGGGUGCAUUCGCUGGCCAGACGAACGCUGCAGGUGAUGAAUCCGACUUCCCUCCUCUUGGACCCUCACGACAACAUAGCAUCACAUCACGGAUCUCGCUCGAGGAAUCGCGAAGGUCGACGCCGCCCAUCCCGCCGGGCUUCGAGGGCCAGAUCGCGAACGAAAGCAGACGCUCGACACCCACCGUGCCUCCUGGCCUGUCGAGACCAACUGCGCUUCCAGAUCUGGAGGGCUCUUCCUCGCGGCCAACUUCUCGUCCUUCCAGCCGUGCGAGCUUGCGGCGAACAGCAUCGCAAAUCCUGCCCGCGUUGCCACUCCGACCAGGGACGCCGAGUCGGCCUACACCUUCCCGCAAAGGCACCCAGGAUGAGGUUGAUAUGCCGAUCGUCGAAGAGACUCCAACGAAGCCUUCUAGAACCGCCAGCUCUUCUCACCUCAAGCAUGAUCUCUCUGUCCAGCAAGACGAAGAAGUCGAAUCGACCAAAGAACCGCCGGCAAAAGAGGCUGUGAAAGCUUUGACGGCUAUUGAAGAGGCCAGUACUACCACCAAGGAGAAAAGUGACAGAAGUGACACCAAGGAGAAACUCCCCGCUUCUCCAACUCUGACAAAGCCUGGUCCUUCUGGCAUCCAACCAGCAUUGAAGGGCCAAGCUACUGUGAAGACGAGUGACGACAGCGCAUCACCUGUGACUCCCAGCAAACCGGAUAUCUCCAAGUCGGACAGCACUAAGCGCAAGCCGCCUGGCAAGCUUGACAUUACAGCUGCCAUCUCGAAGCAAAAAGAGCAAACCCCUGUCCCUGCAGCUGCCGCUACUACAGCAACACCGGUAGAUAUUGCAACUCCUGGUAGAUCUCAGCGUGCUCCCUCGCAGACGCCGUCGUUGUCCAAGCUACCCGAGAGUCCGAGCGUCGGAUCACCCGCGGUCAAAGCUGCGCCGAGAACUAUUCGCUUGACCCAGACGCCAAAGGCAGAAACUCCAUCUGCAAAAGAGUUCCCUCUGCCGAGCGUGCCACCAAGCGCCGCCGCACACAAGUUCCCGUCACGUCAGCCCAGUGUUGCUUCAAUCAAUCCACCCGGAACGCCGUCCAGCGAGCAAGUGUCAAUCUCCGACAACAUUUCGAUGACUUCGACCUCCCAAUCACGUGCCAAUUCGCCGCCCCCUGCCGCGAGCAAAGUCGGGUCCGCACCAGUUCGGACCAAGACCAAGAACCAGCUAAAGAAAGAGCGUCAAGAGCGUGCAAAGGCACUCGAAGAAGAGAAGGUCAAGACGGAAGAAGUGGUUAAGCCGAGCGUGGAGGAGCCAGCUCAAGAGGCAAUUGUCAGUCGGAAGAAGAAGACGAAGAAAGACACGCAGCCCAAGCCAGCCAAAGCCAAGACACCUGGCAGUGCGCAUCCCACACCGACAGCGAGUCGCUCCGCCUCGCCGGGCAAGCAGCCAGUGGCGGAGGUCACCGCCAUCAAGCCAGAAGUCCCAAUCUCUACACCGAAGGAGUCCAAGCCGGCGACCCCCACUGGAUCGACACCCACUCCUCAACAGGGACCUUCUCAUACACCUCCUCCACAAGAACCAUCCCCACCUCCAACCCCUACCCUCACCGCGGCGCAACUAGUCAACGAGCUCAAAGCAUCGGCGCCCGAGAUCCAGAAAUGCAUCGACAACCUCUUCCGCAUCUCCAACAGCCACCACUUCAAACAAUCGCCCCAAAACGUCUCCCACAAAGACCUCCUCGCCGGCUGGAAAUCCGACUUCAACCUCAGACUCACCAAAGAAGAAGUCGACGCCCUCCUGACAGGAAAGGUACCAGCCCUCCAGCGCGGCGGCAGCGAAAACGACCGCACCUUCGACCGCCACAUGGUCACGCCCUCCGGCGCACACCUCCGCGCCCUGACAAAAGAACUCGAAUCCCGCUUUCUCGAGCUCGAAAAAGCCCUCCGCGAAAUGCCCUCCGAACACCGUUUCCGGCCCAGCAAACCGCAAAACGAAAUGAGACUCCCCGCUUUCGAUCUCGAGGAACUGAGGCGGAAAUUCGAAAAUGGCAAUACGAGGGGCGUGAGCGUUAUGGAGCAGAUGGUGCAAGAUGGGAGUACGAUGAAGAAGGGGGCGUUUUUGGUGGAUGAGGCGAGUAAGUAUAUUAACGAGUUUAUUAUGCCGCCCGCGACGCCGCCGCCUCAGCAGCAACAGCAACAGGCGGCGCAGCAGGCGAGAGGUCAGCAUGGUCAUCAGCAGGCUCAGCAGGGUGCUGGUGCGGCGGAGGGUGGUGUGGCGAAUGUCCCCAGCGUGGAGAUUGCGGAGAGGCAGUUGAAUGAGGCGAGGAGGGUGGCGGAUGAGAAGGAGAACGCGUUGAAGAAGAUUAUUAAGAAGAAUAAGAGGAUGCUGGGGCUGUGA